CUCUUGUGUACUUUCUAUCAGUGUGCGGCACGAUGAAGGCUGUGGUGGUGUUGGUUUGUCUGUUGGGGCUGGUGGUGGGUGAGGAUGUGAUGGCGCGGUACCACCGGCAGGUGGGGAUACCGGCCGCUGCCAUGAUGAUGCUGCGGGAGUCCAUGAGAAUAGCUGGUGGGCUUAAUUCAUAUAACGGGGAACAUCCAUACCUCGCAGGACUGGUGAUCACUCUGAAGACAGAUGACACGUCAGUAUGCAGCGGGUCUCUGCUGAACCACUACAACAUCAUCUCUGCCGCUCAGUGCUGGUAUGACGGAGAAGCCGAGGGCAAGGAAAUGCAGGUAGUACUGGGUACGUCGAAGCUGUUCUCUGGAGGAAAAAGGGUGUUUGCCCAAUCGGUGACGUUACAUCCUUACUAUGACAUGGACACACUGGAGAACAACAUCGCUAUGAUCCAAGUUCCUUACAUUUCAUACAACAGUUAUAUAACUCCGAUUACUCUGCCUGUCGCGUACUUCAGCUCACUUGCGGGCUACAAAACACAAAUCAUGGGCUUCGGAAAAACAUACUCCGGUGGUCCACUAGAUGGAAGUACGAGUCUUCGUGAUGUAAAUGUGACAGUUAUGAGUAAUAGCCAAUGUCAGGAGACGUACAAGUCUCUUGUGACCAAUGAUAUCGUGUGCAGCAGUGGUGAGGGGGGCAGGGGCGCCUGCGGUGGAGACCAAGGUGGUCCUUUAGUCCUGCGCCGAAACGUUCUAGCCAAUGGCAACGACCUGUUGGUGGGUGUGGUGUCGUUCAUGUCUGUCCACGGCUGCGAGGCGGGCUACCCGACGGGACACACGCGUGUCACCUCCUACCUGCACUGGAUCAAUAGCUUCUUGUAAGAGAAGCAUCUACCACCGACCUACUUAUACUGGCUAAACUAUGAUUGAUGUAUUAAAAACAAAACAUGUAAUUAUGUAACAAACUUUGAAUUUAUUUAAC